CUCCGGCCCAGCCCCCCUCCUCCUCAGGUGAGGCAGCCAGGCCUAGCAGGCCCCACGACGCCGCUGCCUCUGCCUCCGGGCCACCGCUGCUGCGGGGCCACCAUGCUCCUGCCCAGGCCCGGAGACUGACCCGACAAGGGCACUAUCUCUCAGCUCUGCCCCCACCUGCCGGACCCCAGGGUCCCUCCCCGGCCCAGGAAGUCAGCCGGGGAAUCAUUAACAAGAGGCCGUGACAUGGCGGAGAAAGAGGGUGGCCGGACUGUGCCAUGCUGUUCCGGACCCAAGGUGGCAGCUCUCGCUGCGGGGACACUGCUGCUCCUGACGGCCAUCGGGGCAGCAUCCUGGGCCAUUGUGACCUUUCUACUCAAGAGUGAUCAGGAGCCGCUGUAUCCGGUGCAGGUCAGCCCUGCCGACGCCCGGCUCAUGGUGUUCGACGACACGGAGGGCACGUGGCGGCUGCUGUGCUCCUCGCGCUCCAACGCCGGGGUGGCGGGCCUGGGCUGCGAGGACAUGGGCUUCCUCAGGGCCCUGGGCCACUCGGAGCUGGACGUGCGGACGGCGGGCGCCAACGGCACGUCGGGCUUCUUCUGCGUGGACGAGGGGAGGCUGCCGCUGGCCCGGAGGCUGCUCGAGGUCAUCUCCGUGUGUGACUGUCCCAGGGGCCGUUUCCUGGCUACCGUCUGCCAAGAUUGUGGCCGUCGGAAGCUGCCUGUGGAUCGCAUCGUGGGAGGCCAAGACACCAGCCUGGGCAGGUGGCCGUGGCAAGUCAGUCUUCGCUACGAUGGAGCUCACCUCUGUGGAGGGUCCCUGCUCUCUGGAGACUGGGUGCUGACAGCUGCCCACUGCUUCCCUGAGCGGAACCGGGUCCUGUCCCGAUGGCGGGUGUUUGCCGGAGCUGUGGCCCAGGCCUCCCCCCAUGGCCUGCAGCUGGGGGUGCAGGCAGUGGUGUACCACGGGGGCUACCUCCCCUUUCGAGACCCCAACAGCGAGGAAAACAGCAAUGACAUCGCCCUGGUCCACCUGUCCAGCCCCCUCCCCCUCACGGAAUACAUCCAGCCCGUGUGCCUCCCGGCUGCCGGCCAGGCCCUGGUGGAUGGCAAGAUCUGUACCGUAACCGGCUGGGGCAACACACAGUACUACGGCCAACAGGCUGGGGUACUCCAGGAGGCCCGAGUCCCCAUAAUCAGCAACGAUGUCUGCAACGGCCCCGAUUUCUACGCGAACCAGAUCAAGCCCAAGAUGUUCUGUGCCGGUUACCCUGAGGGUGGCAUCGACGCCUGCCAGCCAGGCCUCCCCUUCCCCCACCAGGGUGACAGCGGUGGCCCCUUCGUGUGUGAGGAUAGCAUCUCUCGGACGCCACGUUGGCGGCUGUGUGGCAUCGUGAGCUGGGGCACCGGCUGUGCCCUGGCCCAGAAGCCAGGUGUCUACACCAAAGUCAGUGACUUCCGAGAGUGGAUCUUCCAGGCCAUAAAGACUCACUCCGAAGCCAGCGGCAUGGUGACCCAGCUCUGACCUGCGGCUUCUCCUUGAUGUGCACGCCUCCAGGGCCCAAGUUCGCCUAGGUGGCUCCAGCCCCACCUGGUGGGGUUCACCCUGGGCCUGGAAUGGGACAUUUUUCUUCUUGGGCUGAGCCCACAGGUCCAAGGGUACCCUCCCUCCAGGCUCCUCUCUUCCACAGUGGCGGGCCCACUCAGCCCUGGGACCACCAGAGCCUCACCCUCCUGACCCCCAUGUAAAUAUUGUUCUGCCAUCUGGGGACCCCAAUCUAGGUGCCCCUGAUGACAGGAUGCUCUUUAAAUAAUAAAGAUCGUUUUGAUUAA